UUUGUGCACAUUAGUGAUCGUUAUUAGAUGUAGUAUGUCCACCACUUCAAUCAAAAGCAAGUGAGAUCCUCGUGAUGCACAAGCAGCCGUCCAUCUUCAUCAAAUUCCCCAGAUUCACCACCACCAACGAAACCCUAAUCGCAAAGCUAUCCUCCACAUCGCCCCCACUUCGUCAGCUCGUGCGCCGCUCAGCCACCGUCCGCAUCCUCUCCACCCUCGACAACCGCCGCCACAUCGCUGCCCGCUCAUGCCUCCGCCUUCUUCACCUUUUCCAGUUGCGACGACCACCUCUCCUUCUCCGCCACCGGAGAAGGAGAAGGGCAUCCAGAUGAGUGGAGACGAAGCAGGCAGACACCGUCACGAUGAGCGGGCCACUCAUGCCGGGGCAUCGUUCUCCGAUGAUGAAUUCGCGGAACCGGGAAAUGACAGGGUUUGUGGUGAGGGUGACGUGCUUGGCGUCGUUGCUGGUGUGGCUCUGUCUCGUGGUACUUGGUGGGAAUAUCUGCGGCAGUGGCGGCGCACUCAGUGCUGCAGCUAACGCUGAGCGGAAGAAUGAUGCUGAAGAGGGCGCCUGUGAUCCCUUCUCGUAGCCACGCUUGGGCUUUGCUCGCUGGAGAUCAGGUAUUUCAAGCUCAGAAGGCAAAGCUCAUUAUCACAGGUCAUUGUUAAUUUAUCAAUUUGUCGGGUUAUCAUUCCACCCUCGCAGGGUUAUCAAAACACAAUGCAAGAGCCAAUACCACCAAAUGUAUGUCUCACAAAAGAUCUUUAGCACAGUUAAUGAAGUCAAUUACAUGCCCCAUUGCUGAUUUUUAUUGAUAUUUUCAAAGUUCGACAGGGAAACAAAGUGAGAUCCAUGAAGACUAGAAGUGGAAGUGAAUCAAGUGCAGUCUAAUAGCAAUGAUGUGGAUGAAAAUGGGCUCAAGUGUGUGCGUGUGUUUAAAUGAAAGCUCUAUUGUAAUUAAGUUAUAUUAUUUGUGUAUUGUUUUAAUUUGGAGUCAGUUAAAAGUUAGUUUGUUUAACUUAAGAACGUGUGUAUUAGGUGUGCUAUAAUGGGUGGUUAACUUGUCCUUUUGAGUUGAAAGGUUAUAGAAAAUUAUUGGUAUGUAUGCACUGAUUUUGAAGUGAAAAAAGCUAGUGAAUUUUUUACUUCAUAUGCUAUACUCUCUUUGAUUUAAAUUUAUGAAUACAUUCAGGACACUUCAGGCAACAUCUUUUUUGAUCAAAAUGAUAUUGAAAAUUGGUUCCUUGAUUUUUAUAAAAAUCUCUUGUCCUCUUUUUCCUCUCAAGAUCUUGAUUUUUUUCAUGCUUUAUCAGAUGAUUUGCCUGUUUUUAAUGAUAUGGAUAGAGAGAAUCUUAUUGGACCUAUCUCCAAAGGAGGAGUCUACAGAACUAUCAAAUCCAUGCCUCACGGUUGCUGAUGGUGCCUUUAUUCGAAGAUCUGCAGCCAGUAUGCUUAGUGGGAAGAAGCCUGUUCAGGCUGUUGCAAGUCAUAGUGGAAAACUCAUUUGAUCAUGUGGCAUCUUCUUACAUAAUAGCGUCUUACUGAUUCAAGUAGUUAUUGAUUUUGUAUCAGCCAACUGCUAAAAACGUGGCUUUGCUAAAUCGAGUGCUGUAAAGAAAGCUGAAGGUUCUGGGCAACUGAAUACAUCAGUCUCUGUUGAGAGUGAAGAUGUGGAGCCGGUUGAGAUGAGUUUGGAAGAAAUUGAAGGGAAAUUAGGUUCCAUUAUAUCAGGUGAUACAAUUGCACAGUUGAAAAGCAGCAUUUAGAAAGAGCGCCUUGAAGCGAUGGGAUCACUUAAACAGGAAGUCGAAAACCUUGGAGACCUUGAUCAGUCUGCUGAGAUUGUGGUUCGCUUGUUAUGCACUCUUCCUGGAUGGGGUGAGAAGAAUGUCCAGGUCCAGCAACAGGUCAUUGAGGUUAUCACAUAUAUAGCCUCAACGGUGAAACGAUUUCCAAAACGAUGUGUUGUGCUUUGUCUUCAAGGCAUCAGUGAGAGGGUGGCUGAUAUUAAAACACGUGCCCAUGCAAUGAAGUGCCUUUCUGCAUUCUCUGAGGCAGUUGGUCCUGGUUUAAUCUUUGAUAGACUCUACAAAAUAAUGAAAGAACACAAGAAUCCCAAAGUUCUCAGUGAGGGUAUUCUAUGGAUGGUCUCUGCAGUAGAAGAUUUUGGUGUUUCCCACUUAAAGUUGAAGGACUUAAUUGAUUUCUGUAAAGAUAUUGGUUUACAAUCUAGUGUUGCUGCCACUAGAAACUCAACUAUUAAGCUUAUCGGAGUGUUACAUAAAUUUGUUGGUCCAGAUAUCAAAGGUUUCCUUACUGAUGUCAAGCCUGCACUUCUUAGUGUACUUGAUGCAGAAUAUGAAAAGAACCCAUUCGAGGGCGCUGCUGUAGCUCCAAAGAAAACUGUAAGAGCUUCAGAUUCUGCAUCCUCAAUAGGUGCUGGUGGAGCUGAUGGUCUGCCUUGGGAAGAUAUUAGUGCAAAGAUCACACCUAAUCUGCUAAAAAAUCUGGGAAGCCGUGACUGGAAGGUACGGUUGGAGUCCAUUGAUAUGGUUAAUAAAAUCAUGGAAGAAUCUCACAAGGGCAUCCAACCUUCGAGACACUGGUAGGUAGCUAAGGUAGUGUUUGUUUGGAGUGUUUUUGAGUUACAUGUAACUUGAG